AUGUCCGACGCAUCCAAGCGAAAGAGGCCAUUAAUUAGCGAAAAUGAGACUAAAAAACAAGCUAGAGUUCUUAAUUCUCCCUCCCAAGUUUGUUGCUCCGUUUGUUAUCUUCGAUUACGUAUUACUAAUACUUUUGGUUGCCGAUGUUCCGGACAAUUUUGCUUUAAACAUCGUUAUUCCGAUGAGCACAAUUGUCCCUUUGAUUACAAACAAGAGAAUCGGCUUAGAUUAGAGAAAGAGAACCCUAAAAUCCUUCCAUCUACCAUCACUCAUUCCUCCUAA